ACGGAGACGGAGGAAGCAUAAUAAAUCUGGAACUCGAACAGUGUACUUUACCGACAACAUCGCACAGUCCCACAUCGUCGUCGUCACAAUGGCAUACGAACACCCCGCCACAUCCCCCACCCUGCUGCACGCUCUCAAAUCCAACCUCCCCUACAGCAUAAACCUCGUCUACCGAACCCAGCACCCCAAUCGAACAAAGGACGCACAUAUCCUUGCAACCUUCCCUCCGACCUCGAACACCGUGCCGGAAUGCUGGGCAGCAGCGUACCUGGAUCGCUCCAUGCGUCCGGAAACUGAACUCUGGAUCUUCGCAGCUGCAGAGAUGCCAAAUCAUUCAUCACAAUCAGACCAGCCUUGUUCGGGAUGUAGAGGAGCAGUUUUGGCAUUACUAAAACACAUGGCUACACUUCCCGUCCCGCCGCUCCACCCAGACAACCUACCUGCAAUGGAAUUGGCAAAGCAGCACAAGAAAGACUUUCCAGAACCAGGCCCGGAUGGCAGUUAUGCCAUGUCACCCGGAACAUACAUGAGACACCUGCUGCUACCCAGUGUAGUAACCCUCGGAGCCUGUCAUCACGUCGUAGUUCAGAUAUGUCGCGAUCUCGGGGUGCUGCGUAGAGAGUUUCCAGGUCCUAACGCCGAGUUGAACAAGUUUCUGUUCAAAAUCUGCGACCUACCACAGACGAAAGAAUUGCCAGAGGGACUUCGAUGGGGCGAAGUAAGGGAGGAAGAUGUCGCAGUCGUACAGUCGCGAACAUCAAUCCCUCGAUCAGCGAGGACAUUGCUGUCACUGAAGAGCGUGGGCGUAUUUGAAGAAACGACCAAUAGAAUCGUGUCUUGGACAUUUCUCGGGCUUGAUGGGUCGCUUACUACCUUGCACACAGAACCCGAGUACAGAGGGAAGGGCAUAGCGAAAGCGGUCGCGGCGAAGGUCUUCAGAGAGUAUGCGCCCGACCUUGCCGUAGACGAAGAUGGAGGUGCUUGGUCACAUGCGGAUGUGUAUGUGGGCAAUGUGGAAAGCGAGAGUGUGUGCAGGAGCUUGGCAGGGAAGGCAAUGUGGAAGCACUUCUGGGUCAGGAUAGACCCUGACAAGGCCGGGACGUUGGGAGACACGAAAUGAUAUGCGGGUCAAAUAACAUAGAUCGACAUCACGAGAGGCAUGCAAUGUGGAAGUAAGCAUGUUUGUAUUUGAUCUACUUGAAAGUCAGCCUCAGAGUCUUGAAUGAAUGAAGGUUGAAUCAAGCGUAGUGGUAGGUUGUGCUCAUGAAAAAAUUAGAGUUGCGUGUUUUAGUCUUCAUUGAAGAUCAGGGUUAAAAAGGUAAUAAUCAUUGCGGGGUAUCAAAUAGCGAAAGGGGUAGGCUUACUUUUUGGUUGCAUGAAUACUGUUGCUUGAACGAGUAUCACAUGCACAAGGAACUGCUUCGAGUUGUUCAUCUUAUCGUAUUGUCGUUGACAUUCCUAUCUCAUAAAGACGCGUCCUGAC